CAAAAAUAUUGCUGAUGUUAUUAUUAGUAUUUUAUUAAUAUCCUAAUAUUAGUCACAGUGCGUCGUAAUUACGUUACAGCGUCCCACUCGUAGCCGUCCCGAGCCGCCAUCGCACUACGCACGCUUUCUGCGCACACGCCACCGUGCUGUCCUUUGUUCCUCAUUCAUAAAGCGGCUUCACGAGCACGGGGAUGUGUCACCGUGAACCCCUCGCACGAAAAGGACCGCUGGCCCUUUAAGGGUUAUGUAGCAGGGCUAGCUGAUGUAGGACGAGCCGACCGUGCGUUUCUCUGCCCGAGCUCCCGCUGCCAUCCUCGUCAUGGCCUCCGUACACCCGCCACCGACACCACCACCGAGGAUGAACCGACCAGCCAUCGACCCUUCCCUUCCCGGAGCGGAGACGGACGUCAAGCCGAAGCAGAGGCACCGGUAGAGGCGAGCCGCGCCGGGGAGAGCCGCCUCACAUCCAAAUGCCACCCCGGUUUCCUCAUCCAUGCCUUCGUUUAAAGCCAAGUACAGCUAUACGAUAAAGAGGGGUGCGAACCCGGGCGGCGGCGGCGGCGGAAACAUGACAACGGACAAGGAUUAUUCUCUUAAUCUGUCGGUGCAGCAAGUGCUGAGCCUUUGGGUGCAAGGCUCGGCGCUGCACCACUUCACAGAGAUGUGGUACUGGGUCUUCCUGUGGUGUCUCUUCUCCUCGCUCUUCGUCCACGGGGCGGUGGGGCUGCUCAUGUUAGUCAUGCUGCAGCGCCACAAGCGGGGACGCCUCAUCACCCUGGUGCUGGUCAGCGUGGGUUUCCUGGCCUCGCUCUCCGGAGGCGUCAUCACUAGCGCGGCCGUGGCGGGCGUUUACCGCGUGGCGGGGAAAGGCAUGGCACCGCUGGAGGCGCUGGUGCUCGGCGUGGGCCAGACCACCCUCUCCGUCGUCAUAUCCUUCUCGCGGAUCCUGGCCACGCUGUGAAGAAAACCCAUGACGGGGUGAAAGGGAGACACGGGAGCAGAGCGGGCAAACCGAGCCGGGCAGAGACUUUAGGCCUGCUUUUAUGGAAGGACAUGAGGCACAAGUCCUCUGGACCUUUUGAGGGCCGGAUCCAGGGUAGAGCGUCCCCCCCCCAGCGUCUCUGCACUGUGCAGGAAGGUCAUCAUCGUGUCAGAGAGCAGCGCCGGGCGGAGGCUCGGCCUCAGCUUCUGGACCUGAAAGCCAUGUUUCUUGAGUUUCCAGAGUUAUGCCACUUCUUCGUGCCAAAAGCCUUCUCUGUGAAAACAGCAAGCCUCGGUGGCCGACUGACUCUCAAAGGCUUUCUGUUGAACUUUUGAGGGAGGAGGAAAAAAAAUCUAUUUUUUAAACAGCGACCUGUAAUCGUGAGCUGAUGAUCUCCUUUGGCGAUCGGAACAAAAGUUCAGCAAACAAACAAAAGAACAACAGUGUCCAUCAGCAGUAAAACACCUUCAUCAGUAUUAAACCACCGCCGCUCCUCUAGGCCUGCAUACAGCUUCUCGCUCCUUCUCCUGAGAUGGCUCGAAAGCCGCAGCAUCCGACUCACGAGCAGGAAGAAGCUUUGAAUUUUUGCACUUUGUAAAUGUUGGCGAAGUGGCAGAGGAAAACCAGCAUAUGAUGAUCGAUUUUAAAGCGUGCCAACAACAACUCUGAGCGGAGUCAGACGAGUAGUUUGGGGAGUGUGUUUAUUGGCUUUCUUCCACAGACAGAGAGAGAGGAUGAGAUCGAUGUCACUCUGAUGUCUUUACUGUAAACAAAGGUGGAGCCGGGAGACAGUAAAGUUAUCUACCUGCAUCUGAUUUAUCUCCAUUAAACAAUAUAACAUUUUAAUGAUAAUCGAGUUGCAGGAAUUUUCUGUAAUAAUAAAAAUAUUUUCAUUCGAAAAGUUGGAAAAGAACCAGAUUAGAGAAAAGAAACGGAAAUUUGACCAUCCAGUAUUUCCAGUGUGUGUGAGGCAAAGGUAGGUGUACCUGUGCUGUCAGUAUGCAGGUUUUACGCCCAUGAGCAGCAGUAAAGGCAGCUAAGCGUUCCUGUAAUCAUCGAUCAGUCCUGCGCAUCAACUCUGAGGGUUUUUAGCCCAUACCUCCGUACAGGAGCAUUCAGACUCUGAGAUUGCAGCGCGUUUCCUCGUGUGAACGCCUCGCUUCAGGUCUUACUUCGGUCAGGGAUUGUAUUUUCAACACAUGACCUUUAUUUUUCUUUGAUCCUUCUUUGAGGUUCAGGUCACGCACGCCUUCCUGCUGAGAGGCAGCGGGCCAGGCUCAAACCUUGACACCCCUCUUACAUUUUACCCUCUAACGUCCCUCUAACGCAGUGGUGGGGAACUCCAGGCCUCAAGAGCCGGUGUCCUGCAGGUUUUAGAUCGCACCCUUG